AUUAUCAAUAAAUUAAAUGAAUAAGACAUUGAUUGCAGUCCUUACAACUGUCUUACUAACAGCAACUACCUAUAUGAGUUAAGAAGAUCCCUUAAGAACUAUGUAUUAAGAAUGGAAACAAUAAUACUAAACCAGAUUUGCAAAUUAAUUUGAAGAUGAAUACAGAUUUGAAAUCUUCAAAUAAAAUUACAACUAUUAUCAAGAAGUGAAUAGUAGACAAUCAAGCUAUACACUUGGAUUAAAUCAAUUCGCAACUCUUACAGAUGAAGAAUUUGAAUAAACAUACCUUGGUGGACUAGAUGACUCUCAUGUAGAAAUUGAUGAAACAAUAACUUCAUUUAAUUAUCCAGAGAAGGCUGAUUGGUCUGAUAAAUUGAAUCCAAUAAAAAAUUAAGGAUCCUGUGGAUCAUGUUGGUCAUUCUCUGCAGUAGGUGCUUUUGAAGCUUAUUUCAUUAUUAAUCAUGGUAAGAAAUAAGUUUUCGCAGAACAACAACUAGUUGACUGUGAUAAAUAUUCAUAUGGGUGUGAUGGUGGUUUUGCAGGAAAUGCUAUUGAUUAUUUAAAUAAAAAUGGUGCUGUUUUGGAGACUGAUUAUCCAUAUGCUGCAGUAGAUCAAAAUUGUAAAAUACCAUCAGGAUUAGUUAAAGCAGGUGGAAGAAAAACUUGGACUACGGCCACAUAAGCUUAUGAAGCAAUAGCUAAAUAUCCAAUUUCUGUUAGUGUUCAUGCUUCAAAUUGGAAAGGAUAUACUAAAGGUGUUUUCACUGAUUGUAUUAAUACUUCAACAAAUCAUGCAGUUGUUGCAGUUGGAUAUGAUGUUGAAGGUAACUGGUUAAUCAGAAACUCUUGGGGAGUUGGAUGGGGACUUUAAGGUCACAUUUGGCUUAAAAGUGGAAAUACUUGUGGAGUUCUAAGAAGAUUAGACUAAGUUAUUUGAAAAUAAUUUAUUUAAACAAUAUCAUAAUAAACUAUAAAUUCUAAA